AUUAUCGCUUGGCUGGGGAUUCGUCCGGUGAAGGAGAUCCAAUCCUUGUGGGAGAGAGAUGGAUCGCGACCGGUGAGAUGGGAAAGGACUCGUUGCAAAGGGCGGUUGAUUGGCGGUGGGGUGGAUCAUGAAUUCCGACGACGGGGUCCAUGGACGGUCAGGCAGAGCCCAUCCUUGAUCUCGGUGUGGAUGCGUAAAGAGGCAGUCAAAGAGGAAUUGACGAGAUGGGUCCAACGUUAACCCGACUGUCAUGUGAUUGGAAGGCUCAUAUGUGAGCUGGUUAUGGGCUGCCUGCAACGAACUACGACUGAGCUGACGAUCUGGCCGGUUGAGGUUGAGGAAGGGUUAGUAGAGGUGGAUUCCGAGAAGAAGUAAGAUGAGGCAAGCGGUCGUGCCAGUACCGAUGAUGAGU